GUCAAAAGUACGAUGAAAACUCGUUUUAUCCUCGAUUGUAGUUCAAAUGUUUAAUUUAAAAGUUUCAUCAAUGGGUUCUUUAAUAACCCACAAAUAUUUCUUUCAUAUUUGGAGUAUUUGUUAAGUAUUCAUUUCUUUUACGAAAAUGCCCCCAAUGAGAAGUAAAUCUACCAGCGGUUUAUCAGGACUCCAGUUCCAGAGAUGUGAACUGAUCCUGCCUUCUAAUUCCAAAUCACCAGAUAAAACUGACAAAGUAUACAAAAGUAGCUGUCAUGCCAAUAACAUUCUCCAAAAUCUUAAUUUACUCAGACAAAACAGCAAGUUUUGUGAUGUGGAAAUAGUUGCUGGUAAUGCAGUUAUCAAGGCCCAUCGGUCUAUUUUAUCAGCCAGCAGUCCAUAUUUUCAAGCUAUGUUUGCUUCUGGACUGGCUGAAAUGGAAAAAGAUCGCAUUGAAAUACAUUAUAUUGAAGCAGAAAUAUUAAAAAUGAUCAUAGAUUUUAUUUAUACUGGAGAAAUGGUUUUAUGUCAAGAAAAUGUUCAAGAUCUUAUUGUUGCUGCUGAUAUGUUAGAAUUGAAAGAGGUUGUUCAAGGUUGCACUGAAUUUUUAAGAAACGAACUUCAUAUUACUAAUGCCAUUGGGAUUUAUAGGUUUGCUAUGGAUCACAACUGUGUGGAAUUGGCAAAAUUUUCUAGAUGUUUUAUUGAAAAUAAUUUUCCCUGUAUUACUUUUGAAGAGGAAUUUUGUGAACUGCCGAAAGACCUUCUUUUAAAUUUUCUUGAUAGCGAGCUUCUAAAAGUAGAAUCAGAAUAUCAGGUAUUCCAAGCUGUAAUGAGGUGGAUUAGCUAUGACUUAUUGUCUAGAAAGAGAUUUGUUUUUGAAUUACUAAGCCAUGUUCGCCUUCCAUUGAUUUCUGUUACUUUGCUAGAAAGAUCAAUAUCAGACACACCUGAUGCCAGUUUGAAGGUUGCAUUGAGAUCAGUGAAAAAAGAUCUAGUUCUGAAAAAAGGAAAUUUGGUACCCCUCUUGGCUUAUCCCAGACUUUGUGCAAAGAAAACUAUCUUUGUCAUCGGGGGUAGUAAAAGAGAAAUCGUCAAAACAUGGACUCGGUCCCUGGAGUGGACUUAUGAUACCGUGGAACGAUAUGAUUGCUACUCAGGUGAAUGGUAUAAAGGAAUUGCUCCAAUGGCUAUUGGAAGGAUUCUGCCUGGUGUUGCAGCUUUAAAUGGCAAAAUUUACGUAGUCGGAGGCGAGCAUGAAAGCCAAAUCCUUGCGAAUGGUGAAACGUAUGAUCCUUUGACAAACACUUGGUCAAAAGUUGCAAGCAUGGUGGUUCCCCGGUGUGAAUUUGGCUUGUGUGCAGUUGAAGGUGAACUCUAUGCUCUUGGUGGUUGGGUCGGUGAUGAUAUUGGUGGAUCAAUUGAGAGGUAUAAUCCAGUUGUCGAUGAGUGGCACCUGGAAGGAGAAAUGCCUGAGCCUAGGUUCAGUAUGGGAGUGGUUUCUUAUGAGGGUUUAAUAUACAUUGUCGGAGGGUGCACACAUUUGAGAAGACAUCUUCAAGACUUGAUAUGCUUCGACCCAGGGACCGGAGAGUAUCAAAACCUUGCACCUAUGCUUGAGCCUAGGUCACAGAUAGGGGUUGCAAUUCUUGGUGGUUUCUUAUAUGUCGUUGGCGGUAUUAACAAGGAACAUGAUGUUCUCAGAUCUGUAGAGAGGUAUUCCUUUGAGCAGAACAAAUGGUCAUAUUGCGGUCUGCUGAAAGUGGGACGAGCAAGCCCAGCUGUGGCUGCUGCGGGAGGUUAUCUUUAUGUUAUGGGAGGUGAUCAGACCCACGAGGUCAACUUCUACAGGGCUCAGGUAACAAUAGCAUCUGUCGAGCGGUACGAUCCAGAGAAGGGAGUUUGGGAGGACUCCUCACCGUUGCCAGACAGUAGGAGCGAAGCAGCCGCUAUUGUACUUUGAUGUCAUUAAUCAAAUCUUUCGCUUUAUAGCUCUCAGCAUUUUAGUCAUUUCGUAUUUUAUUUCACUCUGAAAUAUUUAAAUUAGGGAUUUUCUUUGAUGGAUUGAUUUUUUGCCAAACAUCACCUUAGCUUUGGAGAUAAGACUUUUUGCUGAUGCUUUAAAUUUAUUGCAAUUAAUAUUGUGUUGAACCAUUCAUUCGCAGAAUUUGUUAAUUUGAAUUAAUAUCAUUUGAUAUAACUUAUUUAUUGAAUAAAUUUAAUUAUUUAAACUUUC